GACGUUUGUUUUGCCGACGUCUACGAUUAAUCAGAUGAUCAAAUUUUUGUUAUAAAUUUAAUGAAUAUAAGUUGAUAAAUUAAAGUGAACGUCUCAUUGUCCACCAUGCGAAUAAUAUUUUCCUUUUCUUCCUAUUACGUCAUCAUAAUUUGUUUAACUCUAAGCCUGUUAACGUGCGUUUGGUCGCCGACUUGUGCUUUAAAACAUUAUAGCAAAGAAAGAAAACUUGAAUUAAGAGAAGAGGCACGACGUAUGUUUCAACAUGCUUACGAUGGAUAUUUGCGUUACGCUUCAGAUUAUGAUGAAUUAAGACCGUUAACAUGCGAUGGUGUAGAUACUUGGGGCAGUUAUUCAUUGACACUUAUCGAUGCUCUCGACACUUUAGCUAUUAUGGGUAACCAUACGGAAUUUAGGAGAGUGGUGAACUUACUUGAGAAUAAAAUGAAUUUCGAUAAGGAUAUAAACGUGUCCGUGUUCGAGACAAAUAUACGUAUUGUAGGAGGUUUAUUGUCAGCGCAUCUUUUAUCAAAAAGGGCGGGCGUGACACUUGAAUCAGGAUGGCCUUGCCAGGGUCCCCUAUUAAGAAUGGCGGAAAAUGUUGCAAAGCGUUUACUACCUGCUUUUGAUACAGCGACAGGGAUGCCUUACGGUACAGUAAAUUUAAUGUAUGGUGUGCCAAAGGAUGAAACCUCAAUAACUUGCACUGCAGGCGUUGGAACUUUGCUGGUUGAAUUUGGUACGCUUACGCGCCUAACGGGGAACCCAAUUUACGAGGAAGUGGCCCUUAAUGCGCUAUAUUCUUUAUGGAAACGCCGUUCAUCUGUAGGCCUUUUUGGAAAUCACAUCGACGUGCAAACGGGUCGUUGGACAGCUGUAGAUUCUGGCAUUGGAGCUGGGGUCGAUUCAUUUUUCGAAUAUCUAGUUAAGGGCGCUAUACUUUUGCAACGUCCUGAGUUACUGGAAAUGUUUCAUGAGGCACAUUCUGCUAUAGAUAAAUAUCUGAGACACGGCGAUUGGUACGUAUGGGCCAGUAUGACUAAAGGUCAGAUUACCUUGCCAGUAUUUCAAUCCUUGGAAUCAUUCUGGCCGGGCCUUUUAAGUUUAAUAGGCGACAUAGGUCCCGCUAUUAAAACCAUUUCCAAGUAUGCAAGCGUUUGGCGAAAAUAUGGAUUUCUGCCAGAAUUUUAUAAUAUACCUACCGGUGAGGCAUCCGUUAGCCGGGAAAGUUAUCCUCUGCGGCCAGAGCUAGUAGAGUCGGCUAUGUACCUAUAUAGGGCUACGAAAAAUGACUUUAUGCUUGAAAUCGGAGAAGAUAUGUUAAGAACUAUAGAACACAGUGCGAAAACAAAAUGUGGAUAUGCAACAAUACGAAAUGUUAUAACGCAUGAGAAGGCGAAUCGAAUGGAAUCUUUCUUUCUUGCUGAAACUACAAAGUAUUUGUACUUGUUAUUCGAUGAGGAUAAUUUUUUGCAUAGCAAUGGUGCCGCUGGAGAUAUUUUAGAAACGAAUCAUGGGCAAUGUGUUAUAAAUUCUGGACCGUAUGUUUUCAAUACCGAAGCACAUCCCAUUGACUUAUCAGCGUUGUAUUGCUGUCAUGAUUUAAAACAUGACAUAUUUGAGUCGCUCGAUUUGGAACAAUUCAGCGAAGCAUCACUUGUGCAAAAGGAUCAAGAGCUAACGAAUAAAAAGAAAUAUGCAAAAUAUGAUUGUCCUAAUAAGGGUAAUAAUCAGAAAUCGACGAAAUCUUUAAAUUAUCAGCAGACCUUGUCAGUUGACAUUGUAAUAUAUGAUGAAAAUAAUAAUUUGGCUGCAGACGCUUUGAUAAAAAAUUUUGAACAAAUCAAAAAUGCCUCCGUAUUGUUUAACAAAAAUGGUUUAAAACAACUCACGGUCAGAGAUUUAUUUGAAUUUUUCUCUAUGAGAAAGCCAAACCUAAGCAAACCCAUUGAAAUUUUAAAUUAUAUAAACGAGUUUCUUCAAAAUUAUACCUUGGAACCUGCACUCGUUAAAAAUCUCGGAAUGUUUGAUAAAAAUAUAAGCCGUAUAUUGGGCUCAUCAAGUGUUCAUAAAGAAUUUGAAGGCACUUUUAAAACAUUAUGGCAACUAUAUAGUAUCCAACAGGAAUAUGCUGUAAACGAUCGUUUAUUACGCGAUUUAAAUUUGGAGACAUUAGGAGAGGACGAUAAGGAAACGAUAGAGAAAACGUUAUUAGUUUUAAAUGGGCAUGAGACUAACGAAUCAUGCUUAAGCAUUCGGGACAAGGUUGAAGAAUUAACAUUACUCUACCGUCGUUCGUUGGUCAACACGACAGCUAUGCAGGAGUUUCUUUUUCGUUUACUUCUUAAUGGCACUAACGAGAAAAUUGAUAGCUUUAAACCUAUGCUUAGCGAUAGUGAAAUUGUCGAAUUACCCCUGAAAAAUAUGAGUCAUGCGGAGCAAUUGUCAUUAUUUUCACAUGUAAGACGUUUUCUUGAAUUUAAAAAGCGUAUGAUAGAUACCUUUCAAAGGCUGCAAUCACUCAUAGUUGAAAGCAAUAAACAGCAAAAAAUUUCUGAUGAAAAAGAGAAAAGUUUUACCGAUACGAAUCCAGCGGAAGUACGCGUGUCGGUAAAACGCGAUGAUAAGUUUAAAAGCUCCCAAGAAGCUUUACACGAACUUAAUUUGAAUUAUAAAUUAGCGUCAAAUGUUACGGAGGGCGUAGACGAGGGCCAUUAUUCGAACUCAAUGUGGUCACGAUUUGUGCAAACGAUAUUGCGUAAAACGAAUCCUUAUAAGCAAAAAUUUCAAAUGGAACAGCUAUUGCGUAAAACUCGCCAAUCCCUUAUUCAAUACAUCGAUAAUAAUGUUAAUUUCGGUUUGAUAACAUGUUCAAAAGAAAAGUUUAUAGAACGCUUCGCUUAUCGCGACUUUUAUCCUUAAUGUAAUUCGCAAAUUCUAUAUAGGGAAUAUCGUAGCUAAGAUAUAAUAGCCGCCUUGUUUUCUUUUUGCCAAAAUUUAAUUUUGCAUUGUACAGGUUUCAGAUCGAAUUACGCUAAAAUUUUAUUUUAUUUGCCAAAGAAGUCCGACCACCAAUAACAAAUAUUUGAUUUUUAUUCAUGCUAUUUG